GGGGCCGCCGGGUGCUUCCAAGAAAUGUCUCCCUGGGAGUUGGGGCCCUUUUUUCCCUGAAGCCCCUGCCCUGGGCUUGGGGAUGCCUCUAUAUGUUUCCACCGAUUGUAUGCAUCUGCGCCUCCUUUCUUUCUCUUUAGGAAGGCGCUGGGGUGUGGGGCGGCUAAGGCUGCGGUAAAGAUUCCUGUCCCCGAACGGGUCCGCCUGCUCGUCCGCCUGCCUCAACUUUGUCUCCAAGUAUUGCUUUGGGAUCUGGGUUCGUUUUCUUAGGUCCAACCUCGGAGCCCUCUCCUCCAGGGUCUGUAGAGUGCAGGGGAUGGGUGGAGAGUGGGCUUGGCCGGAACUGAAUUGGUGGAGGUGAAAGGGGAACCGAGGAUCCUCGGCUUUGGCCACUUCAACCCAGCGAACCCACUUUAUUUUUAGCCCAGGGAGAGAGCUGCAUUGGCAGCGGGGGUAAGGUUCUUUUUAGGAAGUCUGCUUUGCUGGCCCCCCGGUUUGGGAUUGGAUGCUGGAGAGCUUUGUUUCCCUCGUUGCGAGGGUGGCCCAGCUGAGUCUGGACUGACUCCCUCUGCCCUGGCCCUCCUCCCCACUUUCCAGCCAGGAGGAAGAGGGGAGGCUGGGGGCCCAGCGAGACCAGGCGAGAGCGAGUCGCUGGCAGACAGGGGCGGGUGUGAAGGAAACAGCUGUCUUGCGAUCAGCUGAGAAGUAUGAGCCUCGGGGAGGACGGUGGUAUGAGGUCCGGAAACAUCAGGAGUCCCCAGCUAGUGACAUGGGCGAUAUGGAUCAAUUCAUAAACAACUUGAAGGCCCAGCUUAAUUCAGAAAGUGGCUCAAUGCAUGUAUUCAAACAGGUCACUGGCUCUGUUCAAAUCAGAGAUCCCCCAAAGACAGCAGCAGGCAGAGGUAAUAUGACAUCUCUACCAUUUCUGGAUGCCAACCCCAUGGAGAACCCAGCACUCUUUAAUGACAUCAAGAUCGAGCCCCCAGAAGAACUUCUGGCCAAUGAUUUCAGCCUGCCCCAGGUGGAACCAGUCGACCUCUCCCUUCAUAAGCCCAAGGCUCCUCUCCAGCCUGCCAGCAUGCUGCAAGCGCCAGUCCGCCCUCCCAAGCCACAGCCUGCUCCCCAGACUCCUGUCGUGUCCACUUCGUCAUCUGAUGCAGGCACUUUAGCAAACAUCCCUACCGUUCUGACUCCAGGCCCUAUCCUGGCCUCCUCUCAGGGCACUGGUGGCCAGCAGAUCUUCCAUGUGAUUCACACCAUCCCCUCAGUCAGUCUGCCAAAUAAAAUGAGUGCCCUGAAGACCAUCCCGGUAGUGGUACAACCGCUGCCCAUGGUGUAUACUGCUUUGCCUGCAGAUGCGAACCCUGCAGCCAUUACAGUCCCACUCAUUGGAGGAGAUGGCAAAAAUGCUGGAUCAGUGAAAGUUGACCCCAUGUCUAUGUCUCCACUGGAAGUCCCAAGUGACAGUGAGGAAAGUGCAAAUGAGAGUGGAUCCUUGGCCUUACAGGGACUGCAGCAAGAACCAGCAGCAAUGGCCCAAAUGCAGGGAGAAGAAUCCCUUGACUUGAAAAGAAGACGGAUUCACCAAUGUGACUUUGCAGGAUGUAGCAAAGUAUACACCAAAAGCUCUCACCUGAAAGCCCACCGCAGAAUCCAUACAGGAGAGAAGCCUUAUAAAUGCACCUGGGAUGGCUGCUCCUGGAAAUUUGCUCGCUCGGAUGAGCUCACUCGCCAUUUCCGCAAGCACACGGGCAUCAAGCCCUUCCGGUGCACAGACUGCAACCGGAGCUUUUCUCGCUCUGACCACCUGUCCCUGCACCGCAGGCGCCAUGACACCAUGUGAGCUCCACAGUCCGCACUAGAAGAGCUGCGCUGGUCUCAUUCCUGGGUGUGCGCUGAGGUCAUGACCAUCUUUUCCUCUUUGACUUCAGCUUGCCUCUGGGAUGGGACCGGAGUAGCUCACUGAGCCAGGUUGAUGAGACUGGAGGCAAAGAUAGCUGAUUUCCCAUGGUGGCUCCUCAUAUUCCAUCCUCACAUCUCCGUCUAGGUUGAAUAAAAAGUGUGGCACCCAUGGUCGCAGAUGGGACACUUUUUCUACAAUAACAAAACAGGAAUCCAACUCAAGGCUGUGAACAAACAUAUGCUGCUUUUUUUCCUGUUUUUCCCUCCUUUUGUUCUAGAAUUCUUAUCCAUAUUUUUGAAAAAAUCAGUACUUAAAAGUGGUUGGUAGUGUUUUAAAAUGACUUUUUUUUUCAAGUUCCUAGACAGAAGAGGGCAUAACAGUGUAGCUUGUUGGUAGAAUGGAUUGGCAUCCUGAGCAUAGGACACAUUCUCAGUAAAUUUACUGAGUCCCAUGCAAAACUCAGUGGUUUUGUAAAUCCAAUCCUAUUUGUCCUGACAGUUUGGUUUUCACACGUGCGGGCACUUCUGCUUCAUAAGUCCAUUGAAGGGAAUGAAGUGAUCUUGUCCAUCUCCUUCUCCUUCCUUCUCUUCCUCCUUCAACAUUAAGGAUUUUACAGCACAAUCACCUUCUUUUUUGGGUUAAAUAUU